GCGCUCGCCGCCCCGCACAUUUCUGGUCCCGACACAGACUCAGAAAGAACCAACCAUGGUGCUGUCUGCCGCCGACAAGAGCAACAUCAAGGCCGCCUGGGAUAAGAUUGGGAGCCAUGGUGGCGAGUACGGCGCGGAGGCCCUGGAGAGGACCUUCAUGUGCUUCCCCACCACCAAGACCUACUUCCCCCACUUCGACCUGAGCCACGGCUCCGCCCAGGUCAAGGCGCACGGCAAGAAGGUGGCCGACGCUCUGACCCUCGCGGUGGGCCACCUGGACGACCUGCCCAACGCCCUGUCGGCUCUGAGCGACCUGCACGCGUACAAGCUGCGUGUGGACCCCGUCAACUUCAAGCUCCUGAGCCACUGUCUGCUGGUGACCCUGGCCAGCCACCACCCCGCGGAGUUCACCCCUGCCGUCCACGCCUCCCUGGACAAGUUCCUCAGCUCCGUGAGCACCGUGCUGACCUCCAAAUACCGUUGAGCGAAGCCGUGGCGCUCGUGUGACCGGGCGCCGCACUUCCUGGUCUUUGAAUAAAAGUCUGAGUGGGCUGCA